GAAAAACCGACACGACCGACCCUGGCCACGAACAACCUAGCCUUCCUUCGUCAUUUUGGUUCCCGCGAUGGCGCAGCCCCAGCCCGAAGGUAUCAAUGCGCAAAUGGGUCGACGGUUACGUGCCGGGCUACGCUACGCCCUUCACGAGCAUGCCCGGCUACUUCGCUUACCCGACAGGUACAUGGCCCUCCCCCCUCUCCCCCUCCCCAUCCCCGCACACACACACAUGUCCGUGUGCGUCGAUCCCAUCCACCCCUGUGUGUGUGUGUGCGCAUGUGUGUAGAUGCUGACGAGAAGGCCAAGGUGAUAAGGAAGUUGUCGAGCGCCACCGCCCCUGCCGACAUCAGAGCGGCGGUGCAGGAGUACAUCCAGCCCAUUCUGCCCGUUGCCUGGGUAUCCAAAGUCUGCGCCAACAUGGUCAUCGAAUACUGCAAAGCCAAAGUAAGCCUGGAUGGAUGGAUGGACACAAGAGACCGAGACACAUUGCGUGUGUUGGCUUCCCCCUUCCCUCCCUCAGCUGACGUCUGAGGUGCUGGUGGGUCUGGGGAGGGACCCCGCUCCCCCGGCCAAGGCCAUCGCACUCGUGCAGGGGCUCUCCGCCGCCCUGCCGUCGCUCACCGAGACCGCCCCGCCCACCGACAGCAACACGCCCCUGGCCAUCCUGACACUGCCCGCAUUCCACAAGGCCAUCGCCGACGUAGACAUCGACGCCAUCGACGAGAAGACAUACACAAAGCUGCGGGACCUCCUCAUGUCCGAGUAAGGAACUAACAAAGAGGUCACUGUGGUCAUUGUGUCCCAGCCUGUGUGUGCAUGUUGUCACUGCAGUUCUGAGUUGGUCAACACGCCGUACCUGUACAUGUAUCUGCUGGCGCUGGUGUGGGUGGCGGUGAUGCACCUGCACACGACCAAGUACACCAACAUCCCCCUGCAGCAGGAGGCUCUGGAGCUGUCCACGGACGGCAUCGUGGGGGUGGGGCUGGAGGCGUGCUUCGCCUCACUGCCAGUGGGCGGCGGCACGGCCGACAAAGAUAAGAAUGGCGGCGAGGGGGAGGGGGACAAGUGAGUGUCUCUCACACACACACACAUCACACACGUAAGGGGCAGGGGGUAUCGGGGGAGAUUAGCCAGACGGACGGUAGCCUCUCGGCAGUUUUUGAAUCAGACCACCUAUGUGCCCAUUGCUUCAGGUGUGUGCGCUACUUGAGACACCGAUCUCCACCGCAUGUAUGGGGGAUGAAUGUGUGUGUUUCUUAUCUGCCUCGCCGCCCUGCCUGCCAAUCGAUUGCCGUGUCUUUUGUUUUGACCCAUACAGAGCGACGCUGCCCGUCUGCCCGUCUGCCUGCCUUCUGUGUAUUCCCGUCUUUUUUUGGCUGGCUAAGUCGUUCAUGUGUGUGGUUUGGGGGGUGUGUGUGUGCGUGUGUGCGGACCGUUUGCCGACACUUUGGCAUGGAGCUACUGGAUGAAUGGAAU